CCCAGGCGCCUCAGGGAUUCUGGCUCACAAUGGCCGACGAUCAAGAGGAAGACUUGCAGAAAUUUCUUAAAAAAGUGGAUGAUAUCACCAGUUUGAUCCAGGAGAUGAAUUCUGAUGACCCGGUUGCCCAGCAGAAAGCUAUCCUUGAGACAGAAAAGAGAUUGCAGCUUGCAGAGACUGUCCAGGAAGAGGACGGUUGCAGGACCGCUUUGAACAAGACCACGAUCAGUCCUCCGCAAGCUGCUGUGAAGAAGGCAGAUGAAAUAAAUGCAGAGACCUUCUUGGCGUCUGUGGAGAAGGAUGCAAAGGAGCGUGCCAAGAGAAGAAGGGAAAACAAAAUCUUAGCAGAUGCCCUAAAGGAAAAGGGGAACAACGCCUUUGUCAAAGGUGAUUACGAAGCAGCCAUCCAGUGCUACAGUGAAGGUUUGGAGAAACUGAAGGACAUGAAAGUGCUGUACACCAACCGAGCCCAGGCAUAUAUAAAAAUCGGGGAGUACCAGAAGGCGCUAGUGGACUGCGACUGGGCCCUGAAGUGUGAUGAAAAAUGCACGAAAGCAUACUUCCACAUGGGAAAAGCCCACCUGGCCCUGAAGAACUACAGUACGUCUAGAGAGUGUUUUCAGAAGAUCUUAGACAUCAGCCCCCAGCUGCAGACGCAGGUGAAAGAUUACCUGAAUCAAGUAGAUCUUCGGGAGAAAGCAGAGCUUCAGGAGAAGGAAGCACAUGAAGUACUGGAAUCAGGAAAGAACACAGCUGUGACGACCAAGAAUCUCCUGGAGAAUCUUGCCAAGCCUGAUCAGAACCCCUUAUUCUAUGCAGGGGGGAUUGAAAUCCUGACUGAAUUGAUGGAGGAUUGCACAGAACGGACUUUAUUCAGAACACACAGUGGAUUUAGUAUCAUCAGUGAGAAUGAGGUCAUAAGAAGGUGCUUUUCCACAGGAGCAAGAGACGCAGUGGAGGAGACGGUGUGUGUGUCUGUCCUCAGGCUCUGGCAGGCGGUGUGCAAAGAGAACGAGGAAAACCAGCGUCUGCUUGUGAUGCACCCUGCCACGGGCAGCCUGCUGCCCGCCCUCUUGGCCUGUGGCGUCCUGGCCAUCCGGCAGCAGAGCCUGGCCCUGCUGCUGCAGCUCGCGCAGACAGAGGACGGACGGGGCCUCAUCAUCAGCCACCUGGACCUCACCCAGUUGUUGGAAGCCCUGGUCUCCUUUCUUGAUUUCUCAGAUAAGAAGGCCAACUCAGCCAUGGGACUGCUCACAGAUUUGGCUCUGGAAGAAAGGUUCCACGUCUGGUUCCAGGCCAAGCUUCCAGAUGUUCUCCCUGUGUUCACGGGCGUUCUGAAGCGGGACCCCAAGGUGACCAGGUCCUCAGCGCUCUGCCAGUGCCUUGCCGUCGUCGGAAACCUCAGUGCCAAGGCUGCCGCCAGACAGCAGAUGGCCACCUCUGAAGAAUUUGGAAAUGCCUGCUUGGGGCUCAUGGUGCGCUGUGAGGAGGAUGUGGACCUGUUCAGAGAGGUCAUAUACGCGCUCCUGGGACUCAUGAUGAACUUGUGUCUUCAGUCCACCUUCGUCUCUGAGGCGUGGGCCGCAGAGGUGAGCAGGAGGUGUCUGUCUCUACUGAGCAGCCAGGAUGGAGGAAUCCUCACAAGAGCGGCUGGCGUGCUGAGCCGCACCCUUCCUUCCUCUCUGAAAAUUACUGAGGAGGCCGUGAGAGCAGGAGUGGUGAAGAAAAUGAUUAAGUUCCUGAAGGCAGGUGGCCAGACCGCGUCGCGUUAUGCCAUGAAGACACUGGCUGUCUGCACGAGCAGUUUUCACGAAGCACGGGAAGAAGUGAUAAGACUGGAUAAAAAGUUCAGCAUCCUGAUGAAGCUGCUCAGCUCGGAGGACGAGAUCCUGGUGGGCAACGCCGCCCUGUGUCUGGGGAACUGCAUGGAGGUGCCGCAGGCCUCGGCCGCCCUUCUGAAGACGGACAUCGUGCAGCUCUUGUUGAAGCAGGCAGGCAACGACUCGCAGAAGACAGCCGUGCAGCUCAACGCGGGCAUCGCCCUGGGGAAGCUGUGCACGGUGGAGCCCAGGUUUGCUGAUCAGCUGAGACAGCUUCAUGGGUUAGAAAUCCUCAGCUCGACCACGAAGUACAUCAGUGAUUCCUGAGAGGCGUGGGGUCUGUGUGUAUUUUCACAACACACCACUGCAUGCUGUGGGUUUUUCCUAUAUCAAUAAAGACUUUUAAAACGUCGGCCUGAUUUGCAUUGAUUUCCGAGGGCAUCUGCCCUGUUGGUUUCCACUGGUGAGGGGAGAGGAGGGGGGU